UGACAUGCAGUGUUAAUAUUUUGGAAAAAAAAAUCCACCAGAGCAGAGUUGGUGAAAUUAUGAACUUCAUCUAGAUGUAUAAUGUUUCUGUGAACCCUGUACCUGCUACCGUGGUUGCCAUGGAGAUACUUGGUAUCGCCUAAAUGUAAAAUGAGUGAAAAAUUUAUUAGCUGUGAGGUGGGAGAGUCAUUCACCAGUUCUGGAAAAGGCUCAAUUAUUUUUUUUAAUGGCUUGCAUUAAUAUGAGUCCACAAAUCAGAGGUUCAUAUAUUUUAUUUGGUUGCUAAUUAAUUACUUAAUGUAAAUUAAAAUACAUUUAAUUUUAUGAAGUGAUUUCUUGAGUAGAUUUCACAACCAUUAAUACACUCCUGAUUAAUAUACUUUGAUGACUUCAGGUUAGUCAUUUAGAUAUUUGUGCUGUUGCCACAUACAUUAGGGAAAAUAAACAUUAUCAUGAUGAUCACUGAUAUUGUACCAAUGUUAUUUAUUUUGCAAGAGUAAGCCGAGAAACUCAGAAACUUUCCUUUGAUUGGGUGAGGUGAAAGAGCUGUUGUGGCAACAUUGUGUUUAACUAGUGUGUGAUCUCACCUUAAGUGGGACCAAAGAGCAGUGAGGCAAACACAUACACACAAAACCUGAUAGGUGUGAAAGCUACUAUAGAUAAUCAUUUAAUCUUGAAGUUCUUUCUGAAUCAAUAGUAUGAUAAAAAUAAAUAAAUAAAUAAGUAAACACAAUGACAGAAAAGUUUUUUUAUGGUUGUUGGGAGUAGAAGAUCAGUAGAUCAAUCAGAUGAAUGAAUCUAAAUGCUUUGGCUUGUGUUUCUGUUGCUUUUAGUAAGCGUUUGGUUGUGGUUGUCCCCAAUGAGACCUCUUUCUCUGCUGUGCGGCGGGCUUACACCAGCGAGGAUGAGGCCUGGAGGUCAUACCUGGAGAACCCACUGACGGCCGCCACCAAAGCCAUGAUGAGCAUCAAUGGGGAUGAGGACAGUGCCAACGCCUUGGGCCUGCUCUACGACUACUACAAGGUGCCCAAAGAAAAGAGACUUUUGACUGUCCCCAAAGUUGCUGAACUUACAGAGGAGCAGGAAAAGAGGUCUAUGUUGCCAAGCAAACCAAGCAGCCAAAACGAGGCAGAAACAGUGGACAACCGUGUUCAGGUUCUCAAGUCUGUUCCCGUCAACCUGUCACUGAACACAGAGCACCAGGAGGCUACACGGGAGCAGUUCAGCACCUCAACAGAAGCAGGUUCAGUAGACGGCUCUCCUGCUGUGGCCGUGGUGAAGGCUGAAGUGUAUGCCCCUGUCUUCAUGGCAGGAGCUGGGCUCCACUACAGGGUGGAAGGAGAGGAAUCGGCUCGUGUGGUCUACGAACAGAGCCCAUAUGAGGUGACCAACGUCAGUCACAGCUCAUACAUGAAAGAAGACCAACAGAGUCCACCCGACAGCCCUUAUGAGGAGGAGACAGACAGGAAGUACCUCUCACCUUCCUCCCUAGCCACAGAUGACUUCUUAUUUCAACAGGAUGGAGUUGACAGCUUCCAGUAUACGCUGGACGCCACUCGCUCGCUCCGUCAGAAGCAAGGCGAGGGACCAAUGACCUACCUGAACAAAGGCCAGUUCUAUGCCGUCACGCUCAACGAGCUUAGCGCCAACAAACGCCUCCGUCACCCCAUUAGUAAAGUCCGGAGCGUGAUCAUGGUUGUGUUCAGUGAGGAUAAGAACCGCGACGAGCAACUUAAAUAUUGGAAGUACUGGCACUCUCGGCAGCACACAGCAAAACAGCGAGUCUUGGACAUUGCUGAUUACAAGGAGAGCUUCAACACAAUCGGCAAUAUUGAAGAAAUAGCCUACAACGCUAUUUCCUUCACCUGGGAUGUCAAUGAGGAAGCCAAGAUCUUCAUCACAGUCAACUGUCUGAGUACAGACUUCUCCUCUCAGAAGGGCGUGAAGGGUCUUCCUCUGAUGAUCCAGAUCGACACGUACAGCUAUAACAACCGCAGCAACAAGCCACUCCACAGGGCCUACUCACAGAUCAAGGUUUUCUGUGACAAGGGAGCAGAGAGGAAGAUAAGGGAUGAGGAGAGAAAAUUACUCCGUAAGAAGUCAAAAGGAAAAGAUGGUAGUGUUGGGGUGAUAACUAUUCCCAAAAAGUCAGACACCACCUACUUCAAGAUCAUGACAGACUUGGAGGCCCAGCCGGUACUUUUUAUCCCUGAUGUUCACUUUGGCAACCUGCAGAGGGCUGGACAGGUGUUUACCUUCAAUACAGAGGAGAUUGAGAGAGAAGGUAGCGUGCUGGUGAAGAGGAUGUUCAGGCCAUCAGAUGAAGACCUGUGUCCGUCACCUCACAAACAGAUCAAAGAGGAGACGCACAAGAGAGUGCUGCUGUACGUCAGAAAGGAAACAGAUGAGGUGUUCGACGCUCUGAUGCUGAAGUCUCCAACACUCAGAGGCCUGAUGGAGGCUAUAUCUGAGAAGUAUGGUGUUCCCACGGAAAGUAUAGCCAAAGUGUACAAGAAAAGUAAAAAAGGAAUCCUAGUGAAUAUGGAUGAUAACAUCAUUGAGCAUUACUCCAACGAAGACACCUUCAUUCUCAGCAUUGAGAGCUACGCAGACGCCUACAAGAUCAUACUGACAGAGAUUUGACAGCUUGUCAGCAGACCUGAGAGACUGCAAGAUAAGUCAAAGGAGAAGCUGUGACUACUGAUAAACUGACAUACGUUAUUGGAGAUACAACAUUGGUGGAGCUUCGCCAAUGUUUUAAGGUCAAAGUGGACUCCACUGAUUCAUCUCCAACAUUUACACUAUGAAGCAAGUCAUAUUUCCUGUGCAGGAAGAUGAUUUAAAUAAAAAAAAGGGGCAUUUUUGUGAACUGGUAGUGAACAACAGAUCCAUGUCCUCCAGUUUUAUUGAAUAUUUUUUAUUGUAUUAAAAAAACCUUGUAUGUUUUUUCUCAUUCUGUACAGACAUAUUGUUUUCUUUUUGUUUGUUUGUUUUUGCCAAAUAACAAAUCAGGAGCAGCCUCAUGAAGUGCCUGAUGUAUUUUAAGUAGCUACAACUUCAAUUAUUUGAUCCCAAGUAACUUAGCAGCUUAUUUGCAUGCCAGAUUUAUGUUUUAAUAGAUGUGUUAUUAUUUAUUAAGUUUUGCAUUUCUAGAGCAACUUAUCUAAGAAUUUCAAGUACUUUAGUGCAUUUCAGCGACUUCCCCUAAAGUCACCAUACUCAAGGAGUCUUUUUUCAGCCAUUAAAUAUUUACAUGUCAACAAAUAGCUUUGGUGUAACUUAGUAGAGCCUUACAUGAAAUGAUAAUGAUUAAUGAACAUUAUAAACAUCUCAUGGGGGAGAAUUCGUACAUAGCUGUAAUUUACUGUGUCAUAUGCUUGGAUGUGUUGAAAAGUUAAUAAAUAUAAGUUUAGAAAAACUAGCAUUAUAAUUUCCUAUUGGGAUUAAUAAAGUAUUUUUAUUCAUUUCA